AGCUCACAGUCACACAGUAUUGCAUAAACUAAAACGUCUCGGGGAAGGAACGAAACACUCUGCCACGCCCAGUCCUUCACAGUCACACAGUAUUGCAUAAACUUAAAUCUGCAUUUUCUCUUCUGUAAAAAUCUGCACGCCUUUUGCACCUUCAUCUUAUCCUUUUUCUUGUAAGGUUUCAUUUCCUUUUGAACAAGUUCCGAUGGGUUUCGAGUCCAUACCGGGAAAAGGGGUUUCGACCGGUAUCACUGCAAGCUCCUCGGCUUCAGAGGUGGUUGAUUUCCUAAGGACGUCUUUUCAGCGAAUGGACUUUAGCCUGGGCCAGAAAAUACUGACCGACCGAGAAAAUGCGCUCAAGGCGGAGAUAGAGAGUUUGAAAAAAGCGAACGAGUCGGCCCAGAAGGUUCUAGAAUUUGAGAAUUGCAAAAUGGGGGUCGAAUUGCAGAGGCUGAAAAAGGAGAAUAUAGAUUUGGGUGAAAACAACGCCCGCCUCAAACGAGAAAUCGAAGAGUUGAAGGCUGAGAAAAAGGAAGUUGAGGAGAGACUGGAGGCUUCUGAGGAAAGAUAUGCGUGGUUGGACAAGAGGGUGUCUCGCAUGGAAGAGGAUUUAGCUUUUGUUGCUACAAAAGUCCCAAACGUGAGCAACAUUGCUGAUAAAUUAGAUGAUGAGCUUUCUUUUGGUACUCAAAAUCACCUGGGACCUAGUGCCACCAAAGUUGGUGGUAGUAGUAGUAGUCCCACGAAUGAAGUGCCAUAUGUGGUUCUUCUCAGUGAUGAUGAGGAUGAGAAUCAUGAGAUGCCUCUGGAUGAUGCUGAAAUUUUAGGGAAAAGUGGAAUGGGACUUGGCCCUAAGAUGAAUGAAUUAAAGGGAGAAAGCUUACAGAGAAAAAGAAUCUUUGGCAAUGAUGAUGAUGGGGAUAGUUCUUCCUUUUGUGUACAGAAGCGCAAACUCCUGCAUGAAACAGAAGUAACACCGGUAUUUGACAGCCCGAAAAAUCAUGGUGAUGCUAGAAUGUCAGGUUAUGAGUCCAUAGCUAGAGUUAAGUGUGAAGCAAUAGUAAGUCCAAUGGCGGGCAAGUCUACAGCUUCUUCACACCUCAACUUGAAACCCCAAAAAGUUGGGAGCGGGCCAUGGCUGGAUCAAAAUGAAAUGCGUUUGGCAUUUGACGAUGAUUGUGAACUUUGUAUGAGUGCUGUUUGUGCACUUUAUAGAAAGCUAAUUUCCGCACCACUGUCAAUGAAGCCCAUGGAUAGAGGAUUUGACUCAAAUGAUGAACUCGGGGUUGAAUUGGCAAAGUAUCUCAUUGACGAUCACCCAGAGAAUAAACUCAAUAGGGCUAUGUCAGAAAUAUCUAAAGUUGCUAUUGAGCAGUCUAAAAGGUUAGCUCUCAAGUACAGUGGACAACUUUUUCGCAUAUACUCUAGCGGUGAGGAUCCGUUGUUCUGUCACAAUUGUACAAGCUUCAGGCGUUAGUGUGCUUCCGAAGAUGCAGACUAUGCAUGUGCACCUCGGUCUUCAUGUUAAAUUGUGUUUUUGUGAUGAACUUUCUUUCAUCUGCCCUGGGGACAAUGUGGAGAAGACCUUUUGCUAGUAUUUGAUGCUUGGAGGGUUGCAAUUGUUUUUGGAUACUGAUCAAGUACUUGCCAUCAUAGAUUCUGGUUCAUUUUAUUUUUGUGGUCUUUAGUACAAAUUGCUCAGCAUGAUUCUUAGAAUGUACAAUCUUUGAUCCAUAUAUCGGUAAAUCUAGAUCCAGAUAGUUUUGUUGAAAAUGAUGUUUUUGUACUUGAAAAGCUGUACAAUCACCAGUAUAGCCUUUUGCUCAACUCUCAGCCUUUGGUGCUUGUAUAUUGUUAAUCUAGUCUUUCUGCCAAUAUCAUGAUUGCAGCAUGAUUUGCUCUUA